GCAUCCUCAUCAAAACCCGCAGACAAACAAACAGAGAAGUCCAAGGAGGAGGACAGUCAGCCUCACCUUGGGGUCCUUGAAGAAGACGACGAGUUCGAGGAGUUCGAAGUCGCAGACUGGGAUGAUUCUAGUACGGAUCUGGCGCACUUGAAGGGCGCUGCACCUGGGGUCGCAAAAUCAGCGGGGGAUAAACUUUGGGAGGAUAAUUGGGACGAUGACGACAUCGAGGACGAGUUCAGUGUGCAGCUACGGAAUGAGCUUUCUAAGGCAGGGAAAGCAACUGGAGACCCGAUGCAGCAAUAA